UAGCCGCCGCGCAGGCCACACGACGCGUCGGUGAUGCAGCUCGUGAUCACCACAAUCUGAGGAACAUGUCGCAAUACUGGCUCAUCAUCACUCUGAUAUGGUUCGGGUCUGCGAGCUCACAGUACAUCAACAUGGGCGGCCCGGACACCUCCGCCCCCUACCCGCUGCAGGCCACGCCGCACGUGAGCUACGCAGGCGCGAGGAGCGAACCCGUCGUCCUGCAGAACGACCACAACUUGGACGCAAACGACUUUUACAGACGAGAUGAGGACCUAAGUGAGUUGUUAAGAAGGAGGAGAUCCAUUGACCAGACUGGACAAAGCACUUCCGCCGGAUAUCAAUGGAGACCUAACUUUUUAGAUGUCGAAUCAUCGAGCGACCAUGGAAGCACUGAUGAAAUCGACGAAAAUACCACUCCACUAGAGAAGAGGAGCUUUAGCCCUUGGGGCGGCAAGAGGAACGAGAUUCACGCGGGCCGCAUGCUGACGUGGAAGCGCGCAGUCCGGGAGCCGAGCAUGCCCAAACGAGUGAGGUUCAGUCCGUGGGGCGGCAAGCGGAGCGGCCACAAGGUGUACAAGCCGGGGGCGGACGGAGCCAAGGUGAUAUUCUCCGCGUCCAUCCCGGAACUAACGCGCAUCGUAUCUAAUUAUUUACCUAAAGCACAAACGUUAGACAUGGCUGGCUUCAAAUUUGUUCCGACACAAGACAAGAGACACCCGAUCAAAAUCCUCGCGCUUAGCACCCAAAUCGAUCAUCGGUCGCCGCGAGAUCCGUUACCGUUCAACGCCUUCCUAGACAACCUGCCCAAGACAUUCAAGCUCGGUCAUCCCUACCUCGACGUUAACCUCAAAAAAGAUGGCAAAAGAAAAGUGAAAUUUAGUGCGUGGGGUGGGAAAAGAUCGCCACCGAUUAUAGGACCAAUCUGGACACCGACUCCGGAAGACCUGAAGGAUGCUGACCUGAACUCCAUCGUUAUCAUCCGAAACGAUAAUAUUAUCUAGGAUGGAUUCUGAACGACAAUAUGUGAUUGUAGCGCCCGAACUGAAUUUGAAAACAAUGAAGAUUAAAAAAUUAUCUAAUUUAACGUUAGCAUUAGAAUUUAAGUGACUCUUUCUACAAAAUAUUUUUGGAGUGUAGAAUGUUCGGCCUUUAACACAUUGUCUUCGGCAAACGGCUGGACUUGCCCAAGACAAGAACUGAUACUGACUACAUUACUUUUAGAGGUUACUUAUAAAAUAUAAUUUUAUUGAAAUUAAUUCCAAAAAUUGUGAACGUCUUAUAGUCAAUAGGGGCUACACAUGUCUAAUACUAUAAUGUUAUUGUUAAAAAUACGCGCAAUUUGUUGGUAAUAAACAAGUAUUAAAACA